UCUUGUUUCUCUGCUUCUUCACUUCUGAAGUGAUUCUGAGAAGUUUAAGUUACAAUAACAGCCUACACAGCAGCAGAGUUCACAUUACACUGGAAUAAGAGAAAGACUAAACAACAUUUCUAUCAUCAUAGUUGGAGCUAGAGGAAUUUGGCACUCAACUGAAAACGUUUAAAGAGUCCUUGUGAAAGUUAAAGGAGAUUAGGACUGAUGGAUGUACUUUCAGCUCUGUUGAUUUGCGUUCAUCUGUGUACUGCGGUUCAAGCGAGCGUUGAGCAACACUCUUUAACUGUCAGCGUGCCCCAUCGGAUAUAUGAGUGUCCCGAGGGUGCCAAUGUCACUCUGACAUGUACCCAGUCCGGAUCCAAGGCUCACCCAGAGGACAGGUUAUGGCGCACAUGGCUCUUUACAUCUCGUACACAGGAGCAUUGUCACAAGGGGGUACAUCCACGUGGGGUCAGUUCCACCAAUCACUCAUUGGGUGUAGAAUAUGGCGUCAGUGAGCAGCUCUACUUGGUCACCCUGCAGAACGUCAAGCACCGGGACCAGGGCAGAUACUGCUGCAUGUUUCUGGACAUCCAGAACAAGCACAAGAUUGAACAGGUGGCCCAUAACUAUAUCUACCUGACUGUGAUGCCAGUAACAAAAACUCACAACGGCAGUCUGACGUGUUCUGAGAUGGCCCACAAUUCUUCAGAUGACUCUGUGGCUGAAGGUUUGGCAAUUGCAGCCUGUAUUGCUUUCAUUCUGUGUCUCCCUCUCAUACUGAUGCUGAUUUACAGACAGAGACAAACAGCAGUGAGAAGCAGACGUGCACAUGAGCUAGUGCGUAUGGACAGUGAAGCGCAAGGGCAUGAGAACCCUGUAUUUUUGGGCGAUUCUCCACAGCCUAAAACUCGGACUGUAUCCCAAAUUAUGCGGCAAUCAUCAGAAACAGGACGCCACCUCCUGUCCGAUCCCGGAACGCCUUUCUCUCCUUGCAUACUAGGGGACGCCUUCUUCCCUGCGCAGGAACCUAUUCCCGAGUCUCCCAACUUGCUGCAUGAGUAAGAGCCAUCACAUUCACUCCCAGGAACAACUGGUGCUUCUACCUUCUCUCCUCUACAUCAUCAUGCCUCUAUUCUACCUGUCUUCUGCACAGAUGAUAAGAAGAGACCCCCCAAAAGGAGAAUUCAACUAAUCUCUCCACUAUUGCAGUGGGGCACCUUUUCUGAUUAUUUCUUUGCCUGUAUGCUGACUGUCUUCAAACAGGUUUUCUACUCAGUAAUGGGAAGGAACUGAAUAUUCCAGAACUUUGGGCAACAGGGAAACUAUGAUCACCACGGAUGUAACAGGGUAUUUUCAUAAAGGGGAUCCAAAGAGGACAAUCUAUUUGGCAUGUCCUUUCUUUAUUUAAAUGACUGAGCUUAGCUGUUUGCACACUUAAACUGUAGAUUUCUCUUCAUUUUGUGCUACAUGUGUCAGUUAGACUGUGGCUUCAAUUGCACUUACUGUAAAUGAGCAUUUUUCCUCUCAUUUUCUUCUAAUUAGUCUAUACCAAUCCUCCCCCCUCCACUGAAAGAUUCUGUUCAUCCUCCAUUUAGAGGUCAGGGAAGUAUUAAUACCUCAUUCUCUCCCGCUCUCCUCAUUUCAAGAUUGAGUGUCUUAAUAGUCAGUGCUCUGUGUGUCAAUACUCAGUAUCCCAGUACUCAGUUCUUCAGUAGUAAGUGCCUCAAUGCUCACGCCUCCUUGCUUUGUACAUAUCGGCUCAUUAUAGAUCCCCAGAGCAAUGAACAUUGCGCUAUUACUGCCUGAUUAAACAGUAAUAUGAUGCACAUUUUAGUCAAGUACACUUUCGCCAUCUUAAAGAGAUUCAGUUGUCUGGAUCACAGUAGUGGAGGGGUGCUGUACAGUCCCAGCAGAGUAAUCCAGAUUGGGGUGGUCUGCUGUAUCCUCCGCUAUAUAAAGUUCAGAACUGGCCUGCAAGAUGGGAACUGCACCGUGCAAUUUUAGUUCAGCAGUUUCUAUGGGUGCGUUUGCACUGUUGCCUUAUCUGCAAAAUUGUUUUAGUGGUGCUAAACCAGUGUGUGCAAUUUAUCAGUAUCGUACUUCUCAGUACGUCAGCGUGUCAGUACUGAGUAUCUCCCUGAACUCUGUAUCUCAAAGCCCAAGUACUCAGUUCACAGUGCUCUUGCUGUCAGACAUGCUGAGAAACAAUGGGCUAUUUUAAACCUUUUCGCAGUGUGUGUGAAUCAUGUAUGUUGCUUGGAUUAUGCAUGUUCUCAGAAUUUGCGCAGUGUCUUGUGGUAAAUGUUUCAUUUGUGACAAUCAAAUCGACAGUCUCUCAUGCUACUGGUGGCUUUAAGGGUCAGAUUGAGAGUUUAUAAAUGGAGAUUUUGUCUGAUCCAAAUCUUCUUUUUUUUAUACAUUGCCUUAUGCCUUAUGUUGUGUGUGUGUCUGUGUGGGCGGGUUUGGUUAGUUUACAAGGAAAUUUUGUAGGUUACAAACGGGUAAUUACAAGGGUAUUAUGCUAUAAAUGUGGUUUAUGAGGAUAUUUCUAGUGUCCCCAUAAUUCAAAUCCCUUAAAAAACAUACUAAAAGCUAUGUUUUUUUUAGGGUUAGGUUUAGGGGUAGGGUUAGGGUCAGGGGAUAUAAUCUAUAGUUUGUACAGUAUAAAAAUUAUGUCUAUGGAGAGUCCUCAUAAGGAUAGCCGUACCAACAUAUGUGUGUGUGCGCGUGUGUGUGUGUGUGUGUGUGUGUGUGUGUGUGUGUGUGCGCGUGCAAAAGUAUUUUUAUUUUUAGGUCUUUUUUUAUUUUUAACCUUUUUUUUUUUUAGAAGUUUAAAAGUUUAAACCCACUGCCAUAAAAAGUGCCAAAACUUUGCUAUGUAGAUGGAUGUAUGGAAGGCUGUAUAAAUGAAUGUAUAGGUGAUUUAUAGGUAAAUGUUUGUGAACUUGCGUUUGUACAUAUGCUGAUAAAUAUAACAUUUUUUGUACAUUUUAAUUGCAUUUUGAGAUUGUAGAUUUCUGUGUGCCUGUACAGUCCCAUAUAUGUAGCUCCAGACAUGAUACUGUGCAAUGUAAUACAACUGCUGAUAAAAACCAAAAAUUGCUUAUAUCUUUUUUUAAAUACAAAUAAAUAAAAUAUUCUGAUGGAA